AUGUCGCAGGCCGAUGCGGGUGCCGCCCAAGCCAGGCCUGCGAUCCUACCGCGCAUCGACGCAACGCGCUGUUUGGUGCAGGCGGACCAUUUGAUUGCCUCGAUACAUGAAGUUGUGCGGCAGAUAGGCUGGUUCCUUGAACGCCGGGCGCAACUCGUGCGUGAAAGACGUCCCCCGCAAGAUGGCAUACCUGCUCUGUCUCCACUCAUGCAGGCGUGCCGUGCCUACUACGAAAAUGUAAGCACACUCUCUGAUCAACUCUUGCACGCCCAAACGCAACUGGAGCAUCUUCUUGCUCAGGCCCAUGCACCUGUCUCGACGGAACGUGACGCGACGGUGCUGCCAAGACCGGAGCCCAUGCCGCUGGACCUGUAUGGCAUGAUGUUUCCGCUUGGAUUGCAGGGUGAGGAUGUGAAGCCUCUUUUGAGCGCCGAAUCGGCUGUCGGCGUGAGCGAUGAUACCCAUGAGCCAUCUCCAUCGUCCGACGCCAAGCGACGGAAGACGGACGACGACGGGGUGCCUCUCGAUACCGGAGCCUCGCCCGAGACAAGCCAGCCAUCAGCGAGAGAUAUGCUCGACUUUUCAUGGCUGGAUUUCGCGUCAACGGACAAAAGCACACCCGCAUCUGAUAUCCUGUCCUUUCCUAUGGACGGCAGUGCGCCUUAG